GUUAAAAAAAACUACAAUUCCCGCCAUGCAUUGCAUGUAAUGUAACGUGAUAGAGACAGCGAGUCGCAAGGUACAAAGUUCAUCGAUCGCUGCAAGUAGAGGAACAAUGGCAAUGUCUGAACUCCCCACUCUCGACCUGCCCCCAGAGGACGUAGAUACAGAUGAUUGCCUUCUGGCUUACAACUACUUGUACAGCCCCACUUUGCUCAAGGGCAGGGUGGCGUUUAUCACUGGAGGGGGGUCUGGAAUAGGAUUCAGAAUUGCUGAGAUAUUUAUGAGACACGGCUGUGACACGAUCAUUGUCAGCAGGAACCUUCAGCGGGUAUCGGAGGCUGCUGAGAAACUUAAAGUUGCCACAGGACAGCGCUGUCUGCCCCUGUCGGGAGAUGUCAGGGAUCCCCAAAGCCUGAAUGCCGCCGUCGAAGAAGCUCUCAGAACAUUUUCUCGUGUUGAUAUCCUGGUCAACAAUGCUGCUGGGAAUUUCCUCUGCCCUGCCAGCUCUCUCUCCCUCAAUGCCUUCAAGACUGUCAUUGAUAUUGAUACUGUGGGCACUUUCAAUGCCAGCAAGAUCCUGUUUGAGCGAUUCUUUAGGGACAAUGGAGGUGUCAUUGUGAACAUCACAGCUACACUGAGCUUCAGAGGACAGGUCCUGCAGGUGCAUGCGGGCAGUGCCAAAGCAGCUAUAGAUGCCAUGACUAAGCACUUGGCCGUGGAGUGGGGUCCCAGCAGAGUACGAGUGAACAGCUUGGCCCCAGGGCCCAUCUCUGGCACAGAGGGUAUGCGCAGACUUGGUGGAGCAGCAGCGGAGGCAGCAGGGAUUUGGUCCAUCAUUCCACUGCAGCGCAAAGGAAAUAAGACAGAGAUUGCACACGGAGCUCUCUUCCUUGCCAGCCCACUUGCCUCCUAUGUAUCUGGCACCACUCUGGUGAUGGACGGGGGAUCCUGGCUGACAUCACCGAAUCAUCUAGCACCAUCGAUGGGUACCCGUCCUUCUCCUCACCUUUAGAUCUUUGGGCUUCCGGGCUGAAGAAGGACAAAUGAAGUAAUAAAUAUAGUAAUAAAAUGGAUCAAUUGUCCAUUUGGCUCUCCCUGAAACAUUCCAACUGAGGCAGAACACUAAAGGUGACCAUAGCAUACUGGCACAGAUCUCUCCAUGUGUGGGCAUUUGGGAAAUGGGGAGCAGUAGCUGCCAGAGCUGUAAGGGCAAGAGCAGUGAUACUGUAAUUAGGGGUUACGCCUGUAUGGCAUGCCUGCGUUUGUAAUUUGGCUGUUAAUUAAAUUUUGUUUGUAUUUUCAGUG